GAAUCCUCUCAGAUAUAUCCAGCUGAGCUCACAUCUCCUCUCAACAUGACCUACAGCUGCUGCUCUGGAAACUUCUCCUCCCGCUCCUUUAGACGUUGCCAGCCAUAUUCAGGUUCCUCCUGUGGCUCUUCCUACCCCAGCAACCUGGUCUACACCACUACCAGUUGUUCUCUUAGACCCUGCCAGGUGGAAUCUUCUCUGAACACCAGAUGUCAGGAGACCUGCAUUGAGCCAACCAGCUGCCAGAGGGCCUGUGUUGUGUCCAAGCCCUGCCAGACAGCCUGCUACUACCCGAGGAGCUCCACACCUUGCAGUCCUUGCCAGGGAACAUAUGCUGGGUCUCUGAGCUUUGGAUCCAGCAGCUGCCGUUCCCUGGGCUUUGGUUCUAGAAGCUGCUACUCAGGGGGCUGUGGAUCCAGUAGCUUCAGAUCUCUAAAUUGUGGAGUCUCUGGAUUCCCUUCCUUGAGUUUUGGAUCUAGAUAUUGCUAUCCAAGCUACUUGGUGCCUCUUUCCUAUCAACCUUGUUACAGACCAAUCUGUGGAUCAGGCCUCUAUGGAAUCAGCUGCUAA